AUGCAUGUGAGACUUUGGGGGGAAGGCGGGACGCGACUCCCGCUCAACUCACACUGCACGCGAGGACCUGAGCAGUGGAAUGUACGACAGAGCCUGCCUGGUUCAGGUGAGUCUAAUCGACCAUCGACACGGCAUUCCCUUUGCGUAGGAGCUCUCUUGUCCUAUCUUUGUGUCGACUUGGGUAGGUAUGGAGCAGCUUCGUAG